UUUCUGUACUUUCACUUUAGUUUGGUGGUGGGUGAAUGAAUGAUAUGGCGCAGCGUGCACUUAUUCUCUCUCUAUUUGUGCUGACAGUCUCUCAGAAAGCUCCAGCAGCUCUGAUACAAACUCAGCACACUGUGAUGGCAGCAGUGGGAGAACAGGCCUGCUUAAACUGUCAGCUGAUUCAAACCAAAGAAGUUCAUCAAGUCACCUGGCAGAAGAUUCUACCUGAUGGAGAGAGGACCAUCGCCACUGACAACCUGCACUUCGGUCAAAGAAUGGACCCUUACUUUAGUGGUAAGGUGGAGUUUCGAGAUGCUGGACUGCAGAACAGCUCCAUCCUGAUCAGGGAGGUGACGGAGGAGGAUGAAGGCUACUAUCGCUGCAUGUUUUUCACACUACCUGAUGGAGCUCUCAUUGCUACAACCUGCCUCAAACUCUACGAGCUGCAUGGACCCGUUCUUCACGUCAGAGAAUCAAACUCUCCUGAAGAGGCCGUUGUUUUCUGCUCAGCUACGGGUCGACCUGCUCCCACUGUCACAUUAAACGUCCUGCAUCAAAAACUCAACUUUUCUACACACAGUUUCAAAAACACAAACGGUACGGCACUGUUAACACCACAUGUUUGCUGA